AGUUUGGUUUGAGUUUCCAACAACUACAAUCGAAGGUGGACCCAAGUAACAAUGGGCUUAUGGUCAGAAGUGACGCAAAAUCAAGUUGAUAAACUCUCUUCAAAGCAAAAGAUUGCAAACCCAUGUAUUGGUAUUUAAGGAGCUUAGUUCUUUGUAAAGUACCUUAGAUCAGGAAAGUUCAUAUUUGCAAAAAAGGCUGCCUUUGGGUUGGUUUGAAGGGAAGAAAAAACUUUGUUCAGUUGCUUGGAAUGCUGUCAAUGAUGGUAGUUUAAAUGUUAGAGGAAUCAAGACUACUGUGGCUGUGUUUGGCCAAGCUUGGUUGGAGGCUCUUCAAUGAGGAAGAUAACCUCGUGGUGCAGGCUCCAAAUAGCAAGUACUUGCAGAGUGGCAGGGGCUUGUGGGCUACAACACGUUCAGAUAUGUUUCACACGUGUAUAAGCGUAGCUAAAGAGAACAGGUCCUGCAGCAAGGAACACCUUGGCUUCUGGGUAAUGGGAGGAGGGGGGUACGUGUUGGACUGAUAUAUGGUCACUAAACUGCCCUCUGUUGGACAUAGCUGCUGCUGAAGUGCCUACAAAGGAUAGCCUGGUGUCUGAUUAUUGGGUUGGUGAUCAAGGGUGGAAUCAGGAGUUGGGAGAGCUUGGGAUCCUUGCUCCUUAGAUUGUGGAACAACAUCGGAUAAUGUUUGUUGUGGAUGCUAAGAAUUAAUGAUUGGCUAAUUUUAAAAUAUCAUGGAAACUUUCUAGUGAAAUAAGCAUAUGAGCGGUUGCAAAUUGAGAGCUGAUUUGGGAAGGAUGGAGUGGUGCAGUGACUAAAUUGUAAAGGUAUGGGGAUGAUGACUUGUGUGGCUCAAAAUUUUGAACUAGCAGAUAGUCAGGCGGAGGGCAAUGGAAAGGGAAUUACUCAUGAAUCAAUUGGAUGUGACAGAUAUACUGAGGGAUUGGGGUCUAAGGUCUAGUUGGAGACACUGGUGGUAUCUGAUAGCUUUCAUCAGAAGAGUGGUUUGGAUGCAUGCAAUCACAGUGGUAUUUUAUGCUAAUUUUGGUAGGGGCUGGAGCUUGCAUCGGGCUUGGGUUGCCAAGACUUUAUCCUUGAGACAGAUUGUCAGUCAGUUAGCCUCUGAUCUCAUGCGCACCUCUGAUGUCUAUAUAUCAGUUUGUUGGAUGAAUUUUUCUCUGAACAAAUUCGGCUGCCUGGUUGUUGAUAUUCCUAAGGAGACUAAUAAUCAUUGUGCUGGUUGCAUGGCAAAAGGAAGCUUAAAAGGGUCCUCUGUCACUGCUGGUGAUGGAUAAUCUAGUUUGAGCAAUGCAUGCGCUACUUGGUUUUAUUCUUGGAGGGAAGGAGAAUUUAUAUUGGACACGCUUCGUUGUUUUGAUACGUAAUACCUGGUGGUCGUCCCUGCAUGCAUGUUUAAAGGAUCUUCACUUCUAUUAGUCUGUUCAAUCUUUUAACUCCUUCAUAACCGCUUUACUAUUGUUUUAAUUCCUUUGUAGCCGUUUACUUUUGUGCACUAUGUCUUGCCCGUGUUUGCUUGGAUCAUUUUGCCUUGCAUUUAUCUUCACA